CUCUAAACAUAUAAUGAUUCCCAAAAAACAACCACCACAAACCACCGCUGAACCAAUGGACGCCACCACCACCUUCACCGGCGACACAGACAUCUGCGACCAACUCUUAACCCGUUACUCCAAAUCCACCGCCCCACAACACCGCCAUCUCUGCGCAACCGCAGCCGCAACCCGGUCCAUAAUCCAAUCAGAAAAUUUACCUCCAACACCCAUUUCAUAUUUCGCCGCCACAAUUGACUCACUUUCCACCAUUUCCUCAACUGACCCAGAUGCCGUUUCGGCUUUAUCUUCGUUCUUGUCCAUUGUAUUGCCUUUAGUUCCCGAAAAGAGUAUCGGGUUUGAUAAGGCGGUCGAGGCGGUUGAAAUUGUUGUUGGGGUUGUUGAAAAGGGUUUUUGUGAUGAUGGGGCUUCGGUUUCGAGUGUUAAGGGUUUGGUUAAGUGUUUAGGGGUUUUGUUGGGGUUUUGUAAUUUGGAGGAUUGGGGUUCGGUUGAGUUGGGGUUUCGUAUGCUCGUUAAAUAUUCGGUUGAUAAGCGGCCGAAGGUCAGAAAAUGUGCUCAAGACUGUGUUGUGAAUGUCUUCAAGUCUUUUCAAUCAGAUAGUGUCAAGAAAACUGCAAGCAAAUUGGUGUUAAAAUCAUUUAAAACUUAUAUGACAUCGGCUGUUAAAACAGUUUCCUCAAGAUCUGCAGAUGGAUCGAAAGAUGAUAAUAUGUCAAAAGGUGAACACUUGGAGGUUCUUCAUAUGUUAAAUUUAUUGAAAUGUCUGGUCCCUUGUUUGUCAAGCAAAGAGAUAUCAAAAGUCGUUAUAGAACUACAAACAGCUAUCAAUUCAAAGUUCUCAGUAUUAACAAGACAUGUUUUUGAUGUAAUGGAAGAGAUACUUCGAUUUCUGGAAGCCAGAUCUACAAUUCCAGAUACUGAAAAGAUAGUCACAACACUUUCUAAGUAUAUAUCUACGAGACAGAAUCCAGUAGACACACUUUUUUCUGCAGCAGCUUUACUUGAGAAUUUUCUUACAAAAUUUCAAGUUGGAGACCCAAACAAGUGGAACAGCCAUUAUUCUUUAAUCAUCGGGUCUAUAGCAGGUCUACUGACAUCCGAAGCUACGGCUGCAAAGGCUUCAAAUAUAUUAAAAGAAAUGAUUAGCCGUCAUGUUGACGUAGAGAUCCUUUUGAGUUCAGAGACACCUGCAGAUGAGAAUGAUGGUGAAUCAAAGGAAUCACAAAUAGUGAAAUCUUUAUGUGAUUCUCUUCUUAAAGUUCUCAAUACCCGGGGAAUACCAAAUGAGCAUACUUUGGUUGUCAUCUCUGCUUUAUUUCUCAAACUUGGGAAGAAUUCUGACACUUACAUGGGGAGCAUACUUCUGAAGCUUUCCAAUGUUAUGACAACUGCAUCCGGAACUACCCCUGAUGUAAAGCAUCUUCAGGAUUGUUUGGGUUCUGCUGUAAUUGCUAUGGGGCCAGAGAAAUUACUUGCUAUUUUACCUAUUUCUCUUGACAUCAAUGAUCAAACCUGCUCAAAUACCUGGUUGAUACCUAUUUUGAAAGAUUACGUUGUUGGAUCAUCUUUGGGGUUCUUUAUAGAGACUAUAGUGCCUCUAGCUUAUUCCUUUCAAGAUGCAUGCCAAAAAGUUAAAAAAUCAGUAAUUCGAGAAGAACUGCAGGCUCAUGCCAGUGGCUGUUGGGGAUUAUUGCCAGCCUUUUGUCGCUAUCCGAAUGACACACAUAAAAAAUUUCAAUCUUUGGCGGAACUUCUUAUUCCAUGCAUUAGAAAGGAUGCUUUUAUGCUUGAGAAUAUUGCCAUUGCUUUGCAGCUUCUUCUGAAGCAAAACAGGAGUUUCACUGGUGCUGAUCAGUGUGACGACGGGGCCUCCAAACUUCCAAAGAUGAGUUACUCAAAGAGAGUUGCUACUAAAAACAUCAAGGUGUUGGCAUCAUGUUCAGAGGAUUUGCUUAAGGCUUUUACCAAAGUUUUCUUUAAAGUGUCACUCAAGAAACGUGGUUUUUUAAAGGAUACCAUUGGAUGUUUGGCACUCAUCACCGAUUCUUCGGCUAUUAAGACAAUUUUUCUUUCAGCACUUAAAAGAUUGGAGCGGAAUGUUCCUGUAGAUAAAGUAAAUGCAAAAAGGUGCCUGAUACUUGAGCUAGCAUCAUCUGUUGUUGGUGCAGCUAGUAUGGAUCUUAUUGAUCUCAUAUACAACUUUAUCAAGCAGAGUUUGCAGGAAGAGGAUGGAAACAUCCAGAGGGAAGCAUAUGCCACUCUGUAUGGAAUCUUAGAGAAAUCUCCUGAAUUCCGCUCUUCAAAGUUUGAGGAACUGAUGGACUUAUUACUUGGUUUGAAGUCUCCUGAAGAUGUUGUUUCAGUUAGAUGGCGCUUUUCGUGCUUCAGGAACUUGUUAAUUCAUUCAAUUGAGAUAAGUUUGGAUGGAGAGAACGCCUAUGGUUUUCGUAUGCUGAACGAAGUUAUAGUGACAUUAAAAGAUGCCAAAGAAGAAAGUAGAAAAGUGGCUUACGAUAUCCUCCUGGGGAUGAGCUCUACCUUGCAAAAAAUGCCGUCCUCACUUGAGAAAGGACCUUAUUAUGACUUCAUCAGCAUGAUAAUGGGGUAUCUUUCUGGAUCUUCUCCUCACAUAAAGAGUGGUGCAGUCUCUGCGCUAUCUUUAGUGAUAUAUAACGACUCAAAAGUAUGCAAUUUGAUGCCUGAUCUCGUGCCAUCGAUCUUGGAGUUGCUGCAUAGUAAAGCCAUAGAAGUUAUAAAGGCUGUUUUAGGUUUUCUCAAGGUAUUAGUUCUGAGCCUUCAAGUGAAAGAUUUGCAGAAUUUCUUGUCUGAUAUCCUUAGUGGACUUCUGCCAUGGUCAUCUGUUUCUCGGCAUCAUUUUAAAACAAAAGUAACAGUUAUCCUGGAGAUCAUGAUGAGGAAGUGUGGUUCUGCAUCAGUGAAAUCUCUAGUGCCUGAGAAAUACCGAGAUUUUGUUAAGAAUGUCUUGGAGAACCGUCAAGGCAAGACUACUUCCCAGGAAGCUGAUACAACUGAAAAAGAAGCAGUAUCAUUGGAUACAAAUCCCAAAGGGAGGGAAAGAAGGAAAACUAUGGCCACCGGGAGUUUCUCCAAGAAAGAAUAUUCAACAGAUACCCGGAAGAGAAAGAGGGAUGAUAAACCUAGCCAUGAGCCUCGUAAAUUUUCACCCGGGGAAAAAAGUGUUCAUAGAAAGAAAGAAGUAAAACAUGUCGAUCAUGCUAAAUCUGCAGAGAACCCAUCACAAGGUGGCAAAAGAAAAAACACAAAUUUCAAAAAGGAUAAAAGUUCAGGUGCUAAGAGACAGAAGCAGUGGUCAAAAGAAAGCACGAGAAAAGCAUCAGUCACUUGAAAAGCCAUUUGAUGUAAAAGAAGAGUUUAAUACUUGAAAGUCCCCGAUAUCGCUACAUGUACACAACGAUAUCAGGUCGAGCAACUUAAUAUCCACAUUUUCACAUGUUAAGUUGCUGAUGGUCCUGUUCGGAGUUGAGUUUAAAGAUGUUCAUGGUGAGAAGGAUCAUCUAGUUACUACGAUGUCUCUGACCAUGUUUACUUGCAAAUGUACAUGUAUAUGAGGAAUGUCAACAAUAUUCUUCAUGGUUUGUACUAAUUUAGUACUAAUUUACACAUAGUUCACAAAAGAAACAAUAUUUACGACUAGAAACAUCUUAUUCUGUUUUUUGAAAUAUCAAUCAAGUCAUUAUCAUAAUAUGUGAAUUUAGGGA